GUGGUACCUGAAGAUGCUGCAGUGCGUUCACUGUCGCCAGUGGUUUCACGAAGCUUGCAUGCAGUGCCUGAACGUCCCCAUGCUCUUUGGAGAUCGAUUUUAUAUUUUCUACUGCACGGUGUGUAAUCAGGGACCCGAGUAUCUCAAACGCUUGCCUUUAAGAUGGGUGGAUGUCGUGCACCUUGCCCUCUACAACCUGGGCGUGCAAAGCAAGAAGAAGUAUUUCAACUUUGAGGAAAUUUUGGCCUUCGUCAAUCACCGCUGGGACCACUUUCAGCUUGGCAAGUUGGCUGCAACUCCUGUGGCAGAACGAGGUCCUUUCCUUCUAGAUGCACUAAACAGCUACAAAAGCAGGUUCCUCUGCGGGAGGGAAAUCAAGAAAAAGAAAUGCAUCUUUCGCCUGCGGGUUCGAGUCCCGCCGUAUCCUCCCAGCAAAAUCCUCCCGGAGAAGUUGGCAAGACUGAGCGAGCCAAAGAAAAGAGGGAAAUGCAAACCCAGUUUGCAGCCUCACCAAUCCCAGCACGAACGGAGAAGGAAAAGGCCCAAAUUCCUUUUGGAGGAUGCUAUUCCAAGUAGUGAUUUUGCCUCGGCUUGGAGCACCAACCAUCACCUGGCCUGCAUCUUUGAUUUCUCCCUGGAUGAAAUCCAGAGUCUAAAAAGCAUAAGCUCGGGUCUCUCCGACGUAGAUUCCACGGACGCUGCCAGCACGUCGGGCUCAGCCUCAACGAGUCUGUCCUGUGAAUCAAGGACAAACGUCGGGAGCCGUAAACGCAAACUCUCUGCUAAAACAUACGCGGCGCUCGACCCCACCAAGCAGAAAUCCUCCGAGCAUCUUCGUAGACUUGUCCCCGGCUGCUCCUUGGAUGGCAGUGACCGUGCCAGCAGUUCGGAUCGCCCGGACAACGCCAUUGACUGCCAGACUUUGGAGAGCUUGAGCGAAGAUGACUUAUCCCUGUCUCACCUCCAGUCCUCCAUCAGCAGCUACUUCGGAGCCACCGGCCGGCUAAUUUGCGGAGAGAAAUAUCAAGUCUUGGCUCGGAGGAUCAGCCCGGAGGGAAAAGUGGAGUAUCUCGUGGAGUGGGAGGGCAGCACUCCCUACUGAUGGGUGUCGGGAUCCGGCACUUGAUGCCAUAAGAG